AGUGCGGACGGCAGUGUGAACUUCAAUCGGGACUUUAAUUGCCCUUAAUUUAAGGGUAGUUUACUGUUUGAAUCUGGUGAAAGUGGUACAACUGUGAAUUUUGAGAUACAGCCUCUCUUGCUUUUUUUUCCAGAAUCUGCGUACUCUGUCAUCAUGAGUUUUGAUGAACCGUUGACAACUUUGUUGGUUGUUUUACUGAGCGUCCUGCUUCUGGCGAGAUUCUUUCAGAACAACCAGCGGCAGAAAGGCAGGCUUCCCCCGGGUCCCCCUGCCCUCCCGAUCAUCGGCAACCUAUUCCAACUGGAUUUGAAAGCACCCCACAAAUCCCUCAUCAAGCUGAGUGAACAGUAUGGCCCUGUGUUCACCUUCUGGUUCAGCAGCUUCCCUGCGGUGGUGGUGUGUGGUACCGAGGCUAUAAGAGAGGCCCUUAUUGGCCAUGGGCAUGACUUCAGCGGCCGAUAUCUCUUGCCCUUCUUCGAAAAAAUCUCUGACGGCUAUGGAGUUGCUUUCAGCAGUGGUGAGAGAUGGAAGCAGCUUCGGAGAUUCACUCUCAGCACCUUGAGGAAUUUUGGAAUGGGGAAAAAGAGCAUUGAGGAGAGGAUUCAGGAAGAAGCCCAGUUCCUGGUAACAAGCUUCGGGGAUAAGAAAGGUCAACCUUUCAACCCAAACUUUCUCGUGCGAAGUGCAACGUCAAACAUCAUCUGUUCCAUCACCUUUGGAAAACGUUUUGAUUACGAAGAUAAACAAUUUCUCUGGCUGAUGGAGCUGGUUGCAGAAAGUGCCCGCACUUUCAGUAGCCCCUGGAUACAGUUGUACAACAACUUCCCAAGGAUCAUGGAUUUCCUGCCCGGACCUCACCAAAAGGUGUUCCAAAAUGUCACAUACUUGAGAAGUUUUCUGGCCAAAACUAUUCAAAGCCACAAGGAAACUGUCCAGAAAGACUCCCCUCGGGAUUAUAUUGACUGCUUCCUCAUGAAGAUGGAUGAGGACAAAGAUGAUCUUAACUCCGAAUUCUUUCAAGAAAACUUGCUAUUGACGACACUGAACUUAUUUUUGGCUGGAACUGAAACAACCAGUACAACACUGAGCUGGGCUCUUCAAAUCCUGGCAAAGUAUCCGGAAGUUCAAGAGAAGAUUCAUAAUGAGAUUGAUGAUGUGAUUGGAUCUCAUCGAAGACCGGCAAUUGAGGAUCGGGCAAAGAUGCGAUACACUGACGCGGUCAUCCACGAGGUCCAGCGAUACAUUGACAUCGCUCCCUUGGGCGUUCCACACAUGACAACAAGUGUUGUGAACUUCCGAGGAUAUUUGAUACCCAAGGGCAUGCUUGUGAUCCCUGUCCUUUCCUCUGCUCUGAAAGACAACAGCCACUGGGAGUCACCAGAAUCCUUUAACGCAAACCAUUUCCUUGAUGAAAAUGGAUGUUUCAAAAAGAGUGAAAAUUUCAUGGCAUUCUCAGCAGGUAAAAGAAUGUGCCUGGGAGAAUCCUUGGCUCGCAUGGAACUCUUCCUUUUUUUGACCAGUCUUCUGCAGAGUUUUGUCUUCAAGCCCGUCAUCAAUCGCAAGGACAUCGACAUCUCACCAGCUUCAACUGGAAUUCUGGUUGCACCCCAUGUCUAUGAAUUCUAUGCUGUCCCUCGCUAAAUCACCUGGAGCCUCUUGAAUUUUAGCAGUUGAUUUUAAAGGCUUACUUAGUUCCUUGUAUAUCUUUAACAUCACAACAUUUGGUUAUUUCCUAUUUACUCAUUCUCACUGUAGUCCAACACAUCCGUCCAUGGCCACUUCAGGUCAAGGUGAGACAACCCUCAGGGUGGUGCAACGGCUUAUAUUCCAUGUGGGUAGCCUCCAACUUAAUGGCAUCUCCUUCUGGUAAAACAAAACUCUCCUUCCCCUCUUCUUCUAUUCCUCACUCUCGCCUCUUACCUCUUCUCAGCUCCUGCUUCCCUUUCUACCAUGGUCCACUCUCCUCUCCUAUCAGAUUCCUUCCUCUCCAGGCCUUUAUCUUUCCUACCCACCUGGCUCCGCCUAUUAACUUUGGGCUAUCCUCCUUCCCCACCCCUCCCCUCACACUCUGACAUCUUCCUUCUUCCUUUCCAGACCUGAAAGAGGGCCACACUCUGAAAUGAUGGCUAUUUAUUAAUUUCCAUUAAUGCUAUGUGACCCACUGAUUUCCUCCGGCAUUUUGUAUGUAUUGCUUUGGAUUUCGAGCAUCUACAGAAUCUCUCAUGUUUAUUAUUAUCCACAACUAGUGCCUUUUUAACAAUGAUUAUUGUUUGUAAAUAUAUGCAACAAAAAUAUACAAAAAUUUUGGGCAGAUAGGGCUCAUCAGCUGUAGUUGGCAACUCACCUGGGAGCAGAAAAACACUUGACCUCAAACCCCUGCUGCCUUGCAGCUAUACCCACCCAUGGGGAAGCCUUCGUGAACAAACCCCCCCAAACAAUCCGGAGCUGGAGUCCACAGGCAGCCCUAUGUUGUUACUGGAAGCAUAAUUCACAUUUUUUAACCUUUGGUUCAACUCCUCUGAUGCCUCUGCAUCCUCUGCAGCUGGAAGUGAAGUUGUCAUUACUUCAGAUAAGAGUGGGAUUCUUUGUCAUAUACCUAGUGAGUGAAGCUCUAAUACUGAAGAGGUUUGACCCCCAUCUUCAGAAGACCAUUUGGUUUGGAGCUCAGCUGAAUAUCUGGGUGCUUGAAGCCAGAGAUUAUGUGCAGAAGUGGAGAGAGGAUAGGCAACUAAGUUUGGGAACCUGGGUGCACGUGGUGGUGAAAUAGACCAUGAGAUAUAGGAGUAGAUUUAGGCCAUUUGGCCUGUUAAGCUUACUCCACCAUUUCAACAUGGCUGAUCCAUUUCCUUCUCAGCUCCUUUCUCCUCCCCAUAUCCCUCACACCCUGACUAAUCAAGAAUCUAUCCAUCUGUACCUUAGAUACCUUAUACCUAAUGACUUGGCCUCCAUGAAUUUCACAGAUUCACCACUGUCUGUUUGAAGAAAUUCCACCUCAUUUCCAUUCUUUUAGAUGUCCUAUUCUGAGGUUGUACCCUCUGGUCUUAAACUUCCCCACCAUAGGAAACAUCCUCAUGACAUUCAUUCUAUCGAGACCUUUGCACAUUUGAUGGGCUUGAGGUGCGUAUCACACACAUUACAACAGAGCUUCAGCUGAGGGCCACUUGAGAUGUUUUCUUGCAGAAACUGAUUGGCGAAGCAUACUGAGUUGGUGAGAUCUCCAUCAGGCCAGUUGAUAGAAUUCAGGAGAUAGAAAGGAGGGUGGAAGAGUGUAUCUUGCUGCACCCUGUGGAGAGUCUGUGGAGCCCUGCUCACCCCCUUCACUCUGGACAUUGUGUGCGCACUCUCAUGUAUGGUAACAGCUCCUGUGGAGACCACUGUCCUCCUGUCUCUGUUGGUCAAACUAGAUCUCUGACCUUGGUCACACAGCAGUAGCUAGAUGUUGUUAGGAAUCAUUGAGCAGAAACACAUUUGCUGCUCUUGGUGGACAGGGAUGCUCCCAGGAGCAAAUUGUGGUCCUCCAGGAGCAAAGGGACUGUGACAUGUCGGUAGAUACCUGUUCUGCAUGUGAAUAGGGAUGCACCCCCACACCCCCCCGGCACAAGAUGGCUCAUCUGUGUGUGCAGUGAUGCAGUGUAUGCACAGAUCAUUCGCCAGCAGAAGAAUUGUUACAGGUGCAAACUUGUCUGCUGAAGCAGAGAUACACUGCUCAGAUAUCGCCGAUCUCUUCAGAUCGUGCAGGAAGUUGAAAAUGGGACAGCCUGGAGACCUGUGUCUCAGAGAGUGUCAGCUCUUCUCAGGUUCCCAUCAGGAGGAUGAAACAAUAAUGGAGAUUUGAUUUAUAUAGAAAUACAGCACAGAAACAGGCCUUUCAACGCAUCUAGUCCAUGUCAAAAUCAUUUAAACUGCCUACUCCCAUCGAUCUGCACCAAAACCAUACCCCUCCAUAUCCCUACCAUCCAUGGACAUAUCCAAACGUUGAAAUCCAGCUCGCAUGUACCACUUGUGCUAGCAACUCAUUCCAGCCUCUCAUGGCCCUCUGAGUGAAGAGGUUUCCCCUGAUGUUCCCCUAAGCUUUACACCUUUCACCUUUAACCCAUGACCUCUGGUUGUUGUCCCACCCCAAUUUCAGUGGAAAAAGACUGUUUAUACCCCUCAUAAGUUUGUCUGCCUCUAUCAAAUCUCUUCUCAGUCUUUUAUGUUUCUAAAGAAUACAGUUCUUAUCUUCCUUAUUGUUCAACCUUUCCUUAUAUCUCAGGUCCUCCAGACCUGGCAACAUCAUUGUAAAUAUUCUCUGUACUCUUUCACCUUGUUUACAUCAUUCCUGUAGUUAGGUGAUGAGAACUGCACACAUUACUCCAAAUUAGGCCUCACCAACAUCUUGUACAACUUCAACAUAACAGCCCAUCUCUUGUACCCAAUACAUUGGCCUUCAUAAAUCAAUUUGCCAAAAGCUUUCUUCACAAGAUUGUUGAUUAUUGUAUCAGUGUCCUGACAUCAUCUGACGUCCAAACUGAUGAAUUGUCUCAGAAGGGCAUCAGGUCACUAGGCAACAGCACCAGUGAGGCAGCACACAUAACAGUGCCCCUGAGUCAGCAAUCCCAGACUGAGUGUAGAAAUGGCUCUGGUCAGUAAUCAGAGGUUGACAUCCUCAGGAUCAUUAAUAUGUAGCACAACAGUAUAAUGCUAUUACUGCACCAGUGACCUGCUUCAUUUCCCACCGCUGUCUGCAGUGAGUUUGGACAUUCUCCCUGUAGUCACAUGGGUUUCCUCCAGGUGCUCUGGUUUCCUCCCACAAACCAAAGACAUACAGGUUAGGGUUCGUGAGGUGUGGGUGUUAGCUCAUCCACUGACUGCUAUGGUCAUUGAGGCAAAAGACAUAUUUCACUAUGCUUCGAUGUAAAUGGAGCAAAAAAAAAACCACAAAUCUUUAAUCUGCUGAUAUGGCCCCGAUUUUCUGAAUCUACAUUAUAUUAAAAAAAUCUUAUAUCUUGUGUCAGUUAUUUAGGAAGCACAGGUAUGUUCAAACCACUGUGUUAUUAAAAUCUCACAUUGUAAUCAACAUGAUGUUUAUUACCUGUGUAUUGAAUUUGCCAUUAUAAUAUUCUUUAUUAAGUAUUCUUUAAACACAUUUAACACUUAAAAUGAUGAUACUUCCCUAUUUGGUCACACAGAAAAACAUCAGAUGUUCCCAAGGCAACAGUGAGAUGGGCGGUUGUUCUGUUUAAGCUAGAAAUCCAUUAAUGUUUAAAAGAGUUAUGGUUCAAUGGUUCAAUUUAAUAUCACAGAAUGUAUACAGUAGGGGUCCCCAACCUUUUUUGCGUCGCGGACCGGUUUAAUAUUGACAAUAUUCUUGCGGACCGGCCGACCGGGGGGAGGAGGGUGUUCAAGUAGGGUUAAGCUCACCUCAACAUGUCUUUUACAGUUAGGGUUGCCAACUUUCUCAUUCCCAAAUAAGGGACAAAAGUAGCAGUCAAAUCCCAUACAUUUGUGUUUACCCCAGGAUGGACUACCAUGACCAUGAAGCCUUGCACGGGCACCUGUGUCAGCAUGCGCGUACGUACCAAUUUUUUUUCUACAACUCGGUUUUGGCUUAAUCUUCCUGACUAUACUCUACAUACAUUAUUUCUACUUUAUAUAGGCUGUGUAUUUAUCAUAUCAUUCCUGCUUUUACUAUAUGUUAGUGUUAUUUUCGGUUCUAUGUGUUAUUUGGUAGGUUAUUUUUUGGGUCUGGGAAUGCUCAAAAAAUUUUCCCAUAUAAAUUAAUGGUAAUUGCUCCUUCGCUUUACGCCAUUUCGGCACGAACGGUUUCAUAGGAAUGCUCUACCUUAGCGGGGGAAAUACGGGACAAGGACGGUCCUGUAUAGGACAAACCAAAUUCAGCCCAAUAUACAGGAUGUCCCAGCAAAUACGGGACAGUUGGCAAGCCUAUGUUCAAGUUCAACAGUGCGUGGCAGGGAAUGAGGAAAGGUGCAGCUGACUCAUAUCGUUUCCUCGCGGACCGGUAGCACAUGCUUUGCGGCCCGGUGAUUGGGGACUGCUGGUAUACAGUAUACAACCUGAAAUUCUUACUCUCACAGACAUCGACAAAACAGAAAAAUGCAAAGAAUGAUUGACAGAAAACGUUAGAACCCCAAAGCCUCCCUCCCCCAAACAAGCAGCAGCAAAAUCAUCAACCCUCCCCUUCCCCCAACUUGCCCCAACAAAGGCAUCGACAGUUCAUCAAAACUACUGUUCAUCCCAAAAAGUAAUGAUGAAGAUAAAUGAUACUAACCUCUCCCUUUUCAUUCUCUUUUGUAAUGGGCUGAUAGAAAUCUAGUAGGGUUUGAGAGCCAAGGCUUAUAGUGGUCACAGUUGGAAAGUACAGAGGUCCAUCCUCGUGAGGCUACAAGGACAAAAACAAAAACUGGUUUCACACAACAACUCAGUAAUAAAAUCUAGGCUAUUUGGCACAGUUAGUGUAACGCUUCACAGCCCCAGCAAUUCCUGCUGCUGUCUGUAAGGAGUUUCUACAUUGACCACAUGGGUUUCCCCCCACAGUUCAACGACGUCCAGGUUGGGGUUAGUGAGUUGUGGGUGUUAGGGUGUAUUCUGCAGUUAGGAUAUAUAGCAAAUAUUAAUUUCACUAGCAACCAAUUUUCAGAUUUGAAUGUGGAUUGCAGAUUGAAUUUAAAACAGCUCAGAAUAAUGGGCUUCCUGGAGCUGCAGAUUGGGCUCAAUCACAAACAAAGGAACAUUCUACUUGAACUCAGGUGCCAGCAUCUGCAUGAAUGCAGCCCAGGGUCAUUUUGGGUGUCUGGAGUAAGGGUACGAAGAAGGAGGAGUUUGAAAAAAGUAUGUAAUUGAAAGGAAGCAUUGUAGACACAUUGUAACUAUAGAAUUGUUCUGCUGUUACCUUUGCUCUUUAGCAUAUAAAAAUGUUGUGUAAUAUUGGGUCAAAGAGGUCUCUUCUUCCAAGACUUCUCAAAUAUGAUGACUGCAUACUCGGUUUGCUAGAAUAAAGGCUUCCA